AUGGAUGCCGCUCUGGAGAUGACAAGUCCUGGCCGGAAGGCCAAGCUCGCGGAAACGAUCCAAUCUAUGGCAAACUUGAAUAGUAACAUUGAGAAUAUGGAAUCACCUAUGGAUCCGGAUGCACAGGCAACAAUCACAGACUUUCUCGAUUUCACGGAAUAUCUACCUUCUGAUUUGGUUCGGUCAUUGGCACUCAUUAGUGACCUCGAUGAGAAAUAUGUCAAUGCCUCGUCGAACUUGAAUGACUUGACAAAAACCUAUGGUCACCUCCCCGAUCUUCCUGCCGAUACAAAACCUGACCCUGUCUCUUUGCGAAAAGAUAUAUCUACCAGCUUGACCGAUGCCCUCGGUGCACGUACAUUGGCUUUCGCAGAGGCGUCACAUCUGGUUGAGAACGUGGAGAGACAUUACAAAAGGGCCCAGAACAUAUUGGCGAAGCUUCAGACCAUGGCAGAAAACUAUCCCGAAUCUCGAGAAACAAGUCCUGUUCCGCAGAAGCCAAAUUCCCCGGUCUCAAAUCGAUUGCCAGGAAAAUUACUUUUGCGAACUGGAAACCCUGAUGGUCGUAUGCGUGUUCGCAAACGACGCGCGCCAAUCAUCACUGUUCCUGGCGAGGUCAUGGCUCCAUAUGAGCUCGACUACGAUUCUUAUGAUUCGUACAGUGAUGAUUCGGAAUCCGACGCUGGUCCACCCACACCGCGUCGGCAGACACCUGCGAGAUCCGUAUCGGUCAAUCCUAAGAUCAAGUUGAAGGUCAAGCCAGCCAAGAAAGAGAAAGUACCAAAAGCCCCCCGGACACCAAGGCCCCCUGGAGUUAUGGGAACAAACGUACAUAGCGCGGUUGCCGGAAUAUCGACAAGUAACGCACUAGCGAAACUCCAACCUCCACCACCGGAUGCGAAAGCGGGAACCGAAGAUGCGCCUUGGCUUCAGUUGACCGCAUGGGAGCUUGCGAAGCUCAGAAAGAGAAUGAAAAAGAAUGCGGUAUGGAGCCCGAGCGAUACAAUGAUCGCACGUGAAUUAAAACAAUUGGGACGAGGAAUUGAAGCGUAUCGUACUGCAAAGAGUAAGGCUGACGCUGCAGGACAGCCUUUCGAACCAUCGGUACCACCCCAACUCACCGGGAAGACAGUUAUCGCGGAAGGUGCUAUAAGUGCAGAAGCCUUAGGCACAGAGGAGAUACAACUUAGCAAUCGUGGUAUGAAGCUUAACGAAGCCAAGAAAUUAAAGAGAGAGGCAGCCGCAAAAGAGCUUGCCAAAUUGGCGGCUGAAGAAGCUGAAGAAUCUGUACGAAAGAUGACAGAAGCUGCUAGUACAGUAAAGAGCCUUUUUGGGAAUCAUCCUGAAGAGGAGAAGAAAGAGAAAGAGAAAGAAAAAGAAAAAGAGAAAGAGAAAGCUCCUACUAAAACACCUAAGAAGCAGCCAGCAUCGAAAAAACGAAAACGCGAGUCCACAAUCGAAGAUGUAAAGGCGAAUGGCGAGGCAAACCCAUCGAGUAUAGAUGGCAUAACUGACACGAAUGAUGCUCAAGGUGAUAAAGUGAAUGAAGUAGAUUCUUCGAAAUUAGGUAAGCCUCAAUUCAAGAGAACGAAGACUGAAACCCCGGUUCCACCCCCUCAUCCCAUCAUCACAAAUGCCACUCCCCGCGCAACUCCUGUACCAACUUUGGAAUCUGCCGUAUCCGUGGCAUCUUCCAUUGCUCUACCAGUACCAGCUACAGAUACACCAAUCAAUUCUACUCCGGUUGCAUCAGUAACGGCUUCAUCACCACCAAAGUCUUCAACGCCAAUUCUUCCUCCGGGUGCGGAAAAGAAGGAGGCCAAGAAAGAGGCGAGAAAAGCAGCAGCGGCUGCUAAAAAAGAAGCCAAAGAAGCCGCAAAAGCAGUUGUGGAAUCGGAAUUGGCAGAAAAGAAGGAAGAUCAAAAAUCGGAAAAGCUAGAGAAGACAACUAACACACGUGCCACUCGAAAAGCAACUCCGGUUGCUCAAGUAAUUGAACCCACUACACCACCAGUAUCAGAACCCCUCCCAGCUAAAAGACCAACAUCUUCUCGUGGUAAAGCAGCCGCUGCAAAGGAAGCGGUAACUGCCGCCGCCAUCAAAGCAGAAGAGCCCAUCUCUGCAGCUCCUAUGCCAGCAGUACUAGAUCGCCCUAGACGCACUAGCACAGCUCGCAACACACCGGCACCAGAAACCCGUCAACCGAGCAAAAGAGCAAAAAGGCCUGCUCCAGGUGUUGUAACUCUUACUACAGAAGGCGGAUCUACUGCUGUCAGCGUUGGCAAGAGACGUGCUGCUCCCCGCAAAAAGGCAGGACAGAAAAAGGAAAAGAAAGAUGGAAGAGAAGGCAGUGCGGUCCAAGAAGUUUUGGAUGAGGUAGAUGAUGAUGGAAAUUUGAUUGAUCCAAACGAACAGAGAUAUUGCAUUUGUAAUCGGGUUAGCUUUGGCACGAUGAUUGCUUGUGAGAAUGAUAAUGUGAGUCUUCCUUUCCACAAGAGGUCUGUGUCUUGGUUUGUAUUGAAUAUGGAAGAGAAGAAGGGAAAGGGAUAA